AUGAUUCCUGAGACUAGAGUGGUGUGCCCGGUGACCGUGAGAGAGUGCGUCCUGGGGAAGCGCUGGCUGACGGCUGCGCUCACGGUGCUGCUGCUGCUGUCCACGACGGUCACCUGCGUACACAGUACCACAGUGGAGCACGACUUUCACAUCGUCCACAAUGUCGACAACAGAAGUAAGUUGACACUCGUUUUAUUAUCGAAUAAAGUGAAUGAUUUGUCUCCUAUAGGCUUUUGAUCUUGAAAGGUGACUUUGGUGACAGCAUGGAUAUUACACAUGGAUUGCACAUUUUCUUUCAUACAAAAAUAUAAUUUUAUGUUCAUUAAUAUAAAUAAUAUUUCAGAUUUCAAACCUAUUACAAAUGGUUUAUAAAGGGUUUGGUAAAAUGUGUUAAUAAACUAAUACAAUCAUAAUAAACAAAUCAUUUUGAAUGGGUAACACACUACUGAUAAUGUGAUAUGAUUUACAAUGAUUCUAAAAAAAUAAAUGUAAUAUCAUAAUAUUAUCUAUAAGGUUUUUAACAGACUUAUGGAUUUAAUUAUUGAUAUGGUAUUUAUAAAUUAAAUAACCACAAUGUAACUGUUUUAUAAACCUUAAAGCCUUCAUAGAAUAAUUUAAUGUAAAGUGUUGCCUAAAAACUGCUCAGAAAAAUCCAGUAAAUGGACAUCCACUGCCUGAUGAAAAGGUGACAUCCACUUUCAGAUUAUUGUUCAUAACCUAAAUGGUAUUGUUCAUAGCAGGUUAUUGUUCAUACCAAUAGCCUAACAAGAAAAUGGUAUUGUUCAUACCAGGUUAUUGUUCAAACCAGGUUAUUACCCUACCAAGAAAUGGUAUUGUCCGUACCUGGUUAUUGAUCAUACCACCUUAUUGUUUAUACAUGUUAUUGUUCACACCAUGUUAUAGUUGGUCCUCUGUAGCUGAAUUGGUAGAGCAUGGCGCUUGUAAUGCCAGGGUAGUGGGUUUGAUCCCCGGGACCAUCCAUACGUAAAAAUGUAUGCACACAUGACUGUAAGUCGCUUUGGAUAAAAGUGUCUGCUAAAUGGCAUAUCAUAUUAUAUAAUUAAUACCACGUUAUUGUUCAUACCAAAACAUUGUGUCCUUUAGAACAUUAUUACUAGUUCUGGAACAGCAAUAUGAGGGGUUAUUAGGUGUGACUAUCAAAUGUUACAUACUGUUUAUGCAUAACGGUACAACUGUGUAGGCUACUUUGUGGACAGGCAUUUGUGUGUGCUUGUAAGAGCAUUUGAGUGUGUGUGUCUGUGUGUCUGUCUGUGAUUGUGAGCACAUGCUUAUAUGUGUGUAUAUAUAUAUAUAUAUAUAUAUAUAUAUAUAUAUAUAUAUUCAAACCUUAACUUGAUGCUUCCACUCAUCCCGCGUCUUGUCUUUGUCAGGUCCAGAGAUAGAUCCAUUGUGGUACGUGGGGCGUGGGGUGAGGCCCAUCGGGCGCUUUGGGAAGAGGCAGAGCAGAGGAGGGGGCAGCGGUGGGCUCAGAUACCCUGGAUCUGUGGCAAACACUCUGGAGCUUCUCCUCAACACCAUCAGGAACCAGGAGAGCCUCGGGAAGACGCUGGGAGGGGAGGACGCCGACUGGUUA